AUGAGAACGGGAAUCGCCUUGCUCGGCGCUGCCGCGUCGCUGUCGAGGGCGAUGCAGCCCAACGCCGCAGAGCCCGUGCCGGCACCAAUGCGGGACCUGCAAUGGGGCCAGCUCAACUUCCUCCACACGACAGAUACGCACGGCUGGCACGGCGGGCAUCUGCAAGAAUCCCAGUACUCUGCCGACUGGGGUGACUAUGUCUCCUUCGCCGCGCACAUGCGGAAGCGCGCGGAUGACGAGGGCCGGGAUCUGCUUCUGGUCGACACGGGCGAUCGGGUAGAGGGGAAUGGGCUGUACGAUUCAUCGAGCCCAAAGGGCAAAUAUACCUACGACAUCUUCAAGGAGCAGGAUAUCGACAUCAUCUGCACGGGCAACCACGAGCUCUACCACAGACAUACCGCCGAUGCCGAGCGCGACCAGACGGUGCCCAACUUCGGUGGCAAGUACAUCGCGUCAAACUUGGACUAUAUCGAGCCGAACACGGGCAAGCAGGUGCCCAUGGCACAGAGGUACACCAAGUUCAAGACCAAGAACCAGAAUAUUACUAUCGUGGCCUUUGGCUUCCUGUUCGACUUCACGGGUAACGCGAACAACACCGUGGUGAAGCCAGUCGAGGGCGUAGUCAAGGAGGACUGGUUCCAGCAGGCGAUACGGGAGAAGCCAGACAUAUUCGUCGUGAUCGGCCACGUGGGCGUUCAGAUGGACGAGUUCAAAGCCAUCUUCGAUGCGAUCAGGACCCAGAACUGGUUCACGCCCAUCGCCUUCUUCGGCGGCCAUGCCCACGUCCGCGAUGCGACCAAAUAUGACGCAAAGGCGUUUGCCAUGGCCAGCGGGCGCUACUUUGAGACGAUAGGGUGGAUGUCGGUCGACGGCAUCGACAAGAAGAGCAAGAAGGGAGGUGACGUCUCGACUCAGGCGUCGGUCAAAUUCCAGAGGAGAUACAUUGACAACAACCUCCUCGGCCUGUACCACCACACCGGUCUCAACGAGACGACCUUCCCGACCGACCACGGCCGCAAGGUGACCGACAUGAUUGCCAAGGCUCGCAAAGCCCUGGACCUGGACAAGACAUACGGCUGUGCGCCGCAGGACUACUGGAUGUCCAGGGCGCCGUUCCCGAGCAACGAGAGCAUCUACACCUGGCUGGAGACGCAGGUAUUGCCGGACGUCACGGUCAACAAGACGCGCAAACACGUGCCGCGCCUUUCCAUCCUCAACACUGGCACCAUCCGCUUCGACAUCUUCGAGGGGCCCUUCACCGUGGACACGACGUACAUCAUCUCGCCAUUCACCAGCGGUCUGAACUACGUGCCUGACGUGCCUUACUUCAUCGCCAAGAAGGUCAUCACCAUCCUCAACGCGGGAGGUCCCAUCUUCGAGGGCAGCGGGCUCGACUCGCGGUUCCUGACGAGCCCAGAGCAGUGGUAUAGGAAAGGGCCACGAGUGGCCUCCGGCCAUGGUGAGGGCAAGGGCAUGCUCCUGGAGUCCACCGAACAAAAGCCGCUCGGCGACGACGACGAUGCCAAGAGGCCGAAGCUGGUCAGCGGCUACACCACCGAGGACGAUAUCGGCGACGACGGCGACGACGCGGAGCACGAGGCCAUCAGCUUCUACAACGUGCCCAACUGCAUCCAGGCCGAGAUUGAUUUCCCCGAGGGCGGCGAGGAGCCGGAGAAGGUGGACGUCGUCUUUGGCGACUUCAUCACUCCCUGGGUCGUCCUGGCGCUCAAGUUUAGCGGCGGUGACUACAGCGAGAAGGACGUGGCGAGGUAUAUGGAAGGCUCGUUCACGGAGGCGAUGGCGGGGUGGAUCAAGGACAACUGGAAGUGCUAG